AUGAGUCCGCGGAAACCAGCAGAUGGAAUCUUCCAAGGAUGCUUCUUCUCUGUCGACCCGGAAGUUGACGAGACAAACUCACAAGACAUUGGGGAUGAUGGUUUGGAGGACCUCAUCAAGUCCGUCGUUGAGAGGGGGGGGAAGAUGGAUGAUGUGAACUUCACACAUCUUAUCACUGACAAGGAGGAUAUGAGCCAAGUCAGAAUCGACUCCGUGGAACUGAGACCGAGGAUUGUGAACCUCAAGUGGAUUAGAGAGUGCUUGCGAAAGAACUGUAGAUUGCCUGAGCUCGCAGAGCAGGACUUGGAUGUUCUGUUGCACAGUCCUGAUCUCUCCAAAAAAAUAUUUGCUGACAGCUUGAUAUGCAUCUUGAACGUGCCCCCUAAGGUUGAAGAAUUAGUGCGCAAUGGAAUCGAACUCCUCGGGGGUCGUGCGAUUAGCGAAUUCACAAAUCAGUGUACGCAUGUCAUUGCUGGUUUUGUGCGGGGGCCAGACUGUCAGAAAGCUAUUGAUUCUUCUCAAACCAAAAUUUUGCCCAUAAAGUGGUAUGUAGACUGCAUCAAAGAGCAGCAUCUCUGCUCCGAUUCAAAGUAUGAUCUUCGUUGUCUUUUGGAGAACUCUGAAAGCAGAGUGGACUUGUCAAGAUUGAAAGAUUUCCAGUGUCAGGCCUUUUCGGGAAACACAUUUCACUUGUCUCCCUCUCUGAGAAGUUCUGACAUUGUGGAGAGAUGGAUCCUAGCUGCUGGGGGAUCGUUCUGUGAAGCAACUUCAUGCAAUUACUACAUCGUUGAUCAAUCUCAUGACGAGCUUUCUCCUCAGCAUGCGAAAUGUCGAACUCUGCAGUGGGUCAAAGAGUGCUUCCAGUUUUGUACUGUCAUCUGGCCCAAGAAGAGCCUGGUUUGGAAGGGAUGGACUUUUUAUCCGUACAACCAAGGCAUGAUAAGGGAAGGGGCUAUCAAGCGAAUCUCUGUCACGGGGUAUACAGGGCAGUGCCGGGAUAUUUUGAUCAAGAUUAUUCAGCUGAGUGGAGCUGAGGCGACAAAGGAGUUGACGAAAACCAACACACAUCUGAUUUCAACUACAUGCACCUCAAAGAAGGUGAAUGCUGCUCGUGACUGGGGUCUGAAGAUUAUUGGUCAUCAGUGGCUCAUGGACAGUGUAGUGUCAGGAAAGUGGUUGAAUGAGGAGGAUUACAGCAUCGAAUCUUUGUUUUUUGCUGGAAACGAGGAAAUGUGGACAAAGCUUGAUCUCAUGGCUUUGAGAAGUUUGCCUUUCAUUCAUCCCCUUGUUCUCGACGACUUCGAGAAUGAAUCAGCUGCAGCUGCUGCUACAGCUGCAGAUGAUGAUCAAGUCUACCCUGAUUCCCAGGAAUGGACUGCAGAAGAAGAUUCCAAUGAUCGUGCUUGCGAAGUAGACCGUCCCAGUCUGAACAAGUUUUCCUCUCAAGCAGCAGCCUCUGUUCUGAAUAGCAUGUAUGGCACUCGCGCGGACGAUCAAACGAGAGGGGUGGAUGGAUUUCUCAACGAUGGCGAAUCUGCCGACUUGAGUGAUGCUCCUCUCACUAGCGCCAGGAGACCAGCAGGGGCUGAGGCGACUGCAAGGAUGCACUCCAAUGAUCGCGAUGCGCCGCCAGUGAGCCAUCGAAUGAGUUCUAGCAGCCCUGCUGUAAGGGGGCAAGGAGGAAGCGUUGAAAAGUCGGUAACACACGGAAGGCUGGCACAUAGAGUAGAGAGAGUUGCUAGUGGAGGACAAGGUCCGUCGCACCUCUACGAUCGGUCGGGGAUGCAGUCCGAGCAUGACGUGCUGACAUCAGUGGGUUCGAGUCACCUCGCCAAGACCCCCAAGUUGACAUCUGAGUCACCCGACUGUAGAGUCAAUCUGUGCUCGAGGACAGAUUUUAUGUACAAUGUUCACGAUGAGGACGAGACUUCAGAUGAAAACGCUAGCGGCCAUCGUGAUGCUGAACCUGCUCCUCCCAGCAGGAUCGCGAGCACAACCCCUUUGCAGUCUGCUCGCGUGGAAGCGUCAGCGAAUUCGGAGAAUGACGUGUUCGGAUCUUUCCGCCGCAGCUACGGACGUCAAAGUCCGAAGGUUGUCAGCAAUACCGCUGAGCAUGUUCGUGCCAGCCCAUCGUCAAGUUCUGCGCCCGCCUCCAACCAACGUACAAGUGCGAGGACUGGUGGGCCCAAGGACGGGCCUCCGGGCAGCGGGAGCGAAUUGACUUGCCGGAACAGAAAAGACUCAGAGGAAGGGCGAGGUGAAGCGAGCAAGCUGACGAGCAUCUCUCCUGCCACGAAGAAUCAGAUCCGCACGAGGAACCAGAAGCAAACCAACAAGACUUCUCCCUCGGCGCUGGUCGCAAGGCCUCAACCGUUUGUGCUGGUGUGCGGCAGGACAGCAGAGCGACAGGAGCAGGUGUCAAUCGUGAGGAGGCUGGGAGGGAAGUCGGCAUACUCGCAUCACUUCGAUCCGGACACCACCCAUGUGCUCUGUACGGAACUCCGCAGGACCGAGAAGUUUCUGUGCGCCUGCGCCAAAGGCAUCUGGAUCCUGAAGCCGGAGUACCUGCAAGCCUGCGCUCAGAACGGGCGAUGGCUCGAUCCCUCGGAGUACGAGUGGCACGAGCCCAAGAAGGAGAGCGCAGACACCAACUUGUGGCACGGGGCUCCGAGGCGAUGGCGCUUGUUCCGUGAGAGGAACGGCCAGGGACCCUUCGAGGGUCAAAACUUUGUGAUCCAUGAGGGCACAAACCCGCCAGCAGCUGUUCUUGCCCAGGUCAUCACGGCAGGAGGAGGAUCUUGCUCCAUCUGCAGCGAGUCGUCGAUACUCAGAAGCCUGUCGGAGAGCGCGAGAGAGUCGGUCACCAUCCUCCUCCCGGAAGACAGCGGCGAGCUCUCCGCAAGCUCCUCCCUCUCCAACGAGCGGCUCAAACUUGUCAGGGCCUCGUACAUCCUAGAUUUCAUAUCGUGCAGGGAGCAGGUGUCGAUGGACGACUACUUGGUCAGCUCAAGAGCUUCUGCCUCGACUCCCAAGACCAAGAAGCGCUCUGGUGGGAGAAGUGACGCAGAGCAAGGUAGCAAGACGAAGAGACAGAGAGUGAGAAGGAGCAAGUGA